AUGCUCUCUCUCACAGGACAGGGUUGGGGAUUCAGCAAGCUUGUCUAUGGACCCCAAGGCUUCCUCGUGUGUCGAGAAGACGACUUUGUGCAGUUUGUCAAUGAUGCAACCACCACGGAUGGGAAAGGGCGGCAGAGCUUCCAGAAGCAGCGCUUCCUAUACAAUAGCCUUGUCUACGGCUUCGCUGGUCUUGCGAAGCGUAUCUCGGAGUCGCUUGGCACGAGACAAACCAUCCUGAGUCGCCGUAAAUUAGACACAAACAGAAACGUUUCUCGCCCAGGGCAGCAUGUUUUACAGGGUGGACAAAAAUACUUCACGGAUGAGAACCACGCUCCCGUCUUGGCCGCGGUAGGUGUCCGAAGCUCUGCACAGGACAUGCUGAAGUUCUCGAAAGUCCUCCUCGAUGCCUGCCAUGGCCGGACCGAGGACAGCAACCCUUUGCGAGACAUAAAGGCGCUAUGGAGCCCGUACUGCGUGAUAUCGCGACCUGAGUCGUACCGCCUGGGGUUCAGUCGCGCCGACGCUUCCACCUCAAACGGUAGCGGCGGCCGCAACAGCCUGGCACGGCGGGACGAUCCAGAAUACCACGACCGCCCGCCACGCAAUCGGGCGCGGCUGGCCCCAGCAUUGAUCCUGUCACAUGGAGGGACCUGGGGCGGUUCGUCCGCGGCGCUCUACAUCUUACCCGAAACGAGCAGCGCCGCCUUGUUCGACACGAAGCCCUACGUGGACUUGCUUCCCCUGGUCCAGAAAGAGGCCGAGCUGUGGAAACGUGACCACGAAGACGUCACGGGCCUAGAGGUUGCUCUGGGGGACGACUACAUGGCCCAUCAGCGACUACAGGGCCUUCAACACAACCCUCAACAUGUUCAUACGAGGGAGUGA